GGCCUGGCAGUGUACGUGGCGAAGGCUGGGCCCCGCUGCGCAUGCGCGGCAGGCAGGCAGGCAAGACAGACAGACAGACAGGGUCCGCGGACCGGUGCGGUGGGGCUGCGCUCCAUCGCUGCUGCUGCUGGUGCUGCUGCCGCCGGUCGGGUUAUGCUGCCCCCACUCCCCCCUCUGAGCCCUAAGGAGAGCGAGAAGGGCUAAGGGGGGGUCCAGGCUGCCUACUUUAUCCACCCCGCCGGAGGGAGGGACAUCGCCAUGAGCCGCCCGCGGACCGCCGGUGCCUCCGAAGGGCCGGAGCCCCCCGCCUCGCCCGCCUCGGCGCGGCCGGAGGAAGCGGCGGCGGCGGCGGACGAGGAGAGGGACCUGGCCCGGGCGCUGCGCGUGGAGCGCUUCGAGGAGCUGCUGCAGGAUGCCCACCCGCGCGGCGUGGACGAGGCGGGCCGCAGCUACAGCGAGGAGGACUUUGAAUACCACCGCCAGUCCUCCCGUCACACCCACCACCCCCUCUCGGCCCACCUGCCCUCCGAGGGCCGGCGGAAGAAGGGGGCACCCAGGAAGGCCAGGAAGAAGCCGGCGGGAGCCAGCCGGGCCCGGGCCUCGGGGGCCGGGGAGACCCCCACCAUCCAGGAGGAAAGCGAAGGGGCGCCGGAGGAGGAGGAGGAGGAGGAAGAGGAGGAUGACCCCUGCGACACGGAGACGGAGCCCAGCCCACAGGAGGGGCUGCCCCACAGCUCGCCCGAUGGGGUGCAGUUCUUCCUGCAGGAGGACGACGCCGACCGGCAGACCCCCCUCUCCGGGGAGAAGGCUCCGCCCUCGGGGCCCGGGGCCGAGGACGCCGGGGGUCCCCCGGCGGCGGGGGGGCCCAAGUCCAGCAGCUCCGACCUGGAGGACUCUGGGGGGGGCGAGGGGGGCUCCCCCCCGGGCCGCCCCCUCCCCAAAGCGCAGCUGGGACACCGCAGCUACAACCUGAACGAACGGCGGCGCAUCGGGAGCAUGACGGGCACGGAGCAGGCCCAGUACCAGAAGGUGCCCACCGACGAGUCGGAAGCCCUGACCUUGGCCUCGGCCGACCUGGACUACAUGAAGAGUCACCGAUUCGAGGACGUGCCCGGCGUCCGCCGCCACCUGGUCCGGAAAGGCGCCAAAGGGCAGGUGGUGCACCUGGGCAAGGACCGGCCGGAGGCCAGCGCCCGCCUGCGCAAGCACGACCGGAAGCCCCACGAGGUCUUCGUGGAGCUGAACGAGCUGAUGCAGGACAAGAACCAGGAGCUGCAGUGGAAGGAGACGGCCCGCUGGAUCAAGUUUGAGGAGGACGUGGAGGAGGAGACGGACCGGUGGGGCAAGCCCCACGUGGCCUCCCUGUCCUUCCGGAGCCUGCUGGAGCUGCGCCGGACCCUCGCCCACGGCGCCGUCCUGCUGGACCUGGACCAGAAGACGCUGCCGGGGGUGGCCCACCAAGUGGUGGAGCAGAUGAUCAUCUCCGACCAGAUCCGCGCCGAGGACCGGGCCAACGUGCUGCGGGCGCUGCUGCUGAAGCACAGCCACCCCUGUGACGAGAAAGAGUUCUCCUUCCCUCGCAAUAUCUCGGCCGGCUCGCUCGGCUCUCUCUUGGGCCACCAUCACAGCGCCAACCACGUGGGAGACGGCGGCGAGCCCACCGUCACCGAUCCACUCAUUGGCCCCGUGGGUGAGCAUGAGACGCGGGUGGACGUUGAGAAGGAGACCCUGCAGAAGGAGGUGGCCUCUCCUGUUUUAUCCGGCACCAUCACCCGGUCCAAGUCGAAGCAUGAGCUGAAGCUGCUAGAGAAGAUUCCAGACAACGCCGAGGCCACGGUGGUGCUUGUGGGCUGCGUGCAGUUCCUGGACCAGCCCACCAUGGCCUUCGUGCGGCUGCAGGAGGCAGCCCAGCUGGAGUCCGUGCUGGAGGUGCCGGUGCCGGUCCGCUUCCUCUUCGUGCUGCUGGGCCCGAGCAGCGCCAACAUGGACUACCACGAGAUCGGUCGCUCCAUCUCCACCCUCAUGUCCGACAAGCAAUUCCACGAGGCGGCCUACCUGGCCGACGACCGCCAGGACCUGCUCCAGGCCAUCAACGAGUUCCUGGACUGCAGCGUGGUGCUGCCCCCCUCGGAGGUGCAGGGCGACGAGCUGCUGCGGAGCGUGGCCCACUUCCAGCGAGAGAUGCUGCGGCGGAGGGAAGAGCAAGAACGGCGGCUGCUGGCCGGGGCCGCCCUGGAGCCCAAGUCGCCGGAGGAGAAAGCCCUGCUGAAGCUGAAGGUGGAGGAGGAGGAAGACGAGUUGGAAGGUGACCCGCUUCAACGCACCGGUCGACUCUUUGGGGGGCUCGUCCGGGACGUCCGUCGGCGUUACCCCAAGUAUCUCAGCGAUUUCCGGGAUGCCCUGGACCCCCAGUGCCUGGCAGCCGUCAUCUUCAUCUACUUCGCGGCCCUCUCGCCCGCCAUCACCUUUGGGGGGCUGCUGGGCGAGAAGACCAAGGGGCUGAUUGGGGUGUCGGAGCUGAUCAUCUCCACAGCCAUCCAGGGCAUCCUCUUCUGCCUCCUGGGGGCUCAGCCACUGCUGGUCAUCGGCUUCUCGGGGCCCCUCCUGGUCUUUGAGGAAGCCUUUUUCACGUUCUGCAACUCGCACGGCCUGGAGUACCUGGUGGGCCGCGUCUGGAUCGGCUUCUGGCUCGUCCUGAUCGUGCUGGCCAUCGUGGCCUUUGAGGGCAGCUUCCUGGUGCGCUUCGUCUCCCGCUUCACCCAGGAGAUCUUUGCCUUCCUCAUCUCCCUCAUCUUCAUCUACGAGACUUUCUUCAAGCUCAUCAAGAUCUUCCAGGCGCACCCGCUGCACGGCUGCAGGAACGACACUAGCAGCCUUCCGGAGCCGGAGAACGGGACGGUCAGCCCCAGCUCUUCGGAAAUGACCGGCCAGCCCAAUACGGCCCUCCUCUCGCUGGUGUUGAUGGCCGGCACCUUUUUCAUCGCCUUCUUCCUGCGCAAGUUCAAGAACAGCCGUUUCUUCCCCGGCCGGGUCCGGCGGGUGAUCGGAGACUUUGGCGUGCCCAUCGCCAUCCUCAUUAUGGUCCUGGUGGAUUCCAGCAUCCAGGACACUUACACGCAGAAGCUGUCGGUGCCCAGCGGCUUCUCAGUCACGUCCCCCGGCCAGCGAGGCUGGGUGAUCAACCCUCUGGGCAGUAGCGAGGGCUUCCCGGUAUGGAUGAUGGUGGCCAGCGCGCUGCCGGCCGUUCUGGUUUUCAUUCUCAUCUUCAUGGAGACACAGAUCACCACGCUGAUCAUCAGUAAGAAGGAGCGGAAGUUGCAGAAAGGGUCCGGCUUCCACCUCGACCUGCUGCUGAUCGUGGCCAUGGGCGGCUUCUGCGCCCUCUUUGGCCUGCCGUGGCUGGCGGCCGCUACGGUGCGCUCCGUCACGCACGCCAAUGCGCUCACCGUCAUGAGCAAGGCCGUGGCGCCGGGAGACAAGCCCAAAAUCCAGGAGGUGAAGGAGCAGCGCGUCACCGGGCUGCUGGUCGCCAUCCUCGUGGGCUUGUCCAUCGUGAUCGGGGACCUGCUGCGCAAGAUUCCGCUGGCGGUGCUCUUCGGCAUCUUCCUCUACAUGGGCGUCACCUCGCUGAAUGGGAUCCAGUUCUACGAGCGCCUUCACCUGCUGCUUAUGCCGCCCAAGCACCACCCGGACAUGCCCUACGUCAAGAAGGUGCGCACGAUGCGCAUGCACCUCUUCACGCUCCUGCAGCUGGCCUGCCUGGCCGUGCUCUGGGCUGUCAUGUCGACCGUCGCCUCGCUGGCCUUCCCCUUCAUCCUCAUCCUGACGGUGCCUCUCCGGUUGUUCCUGCUGAGCCGCAUCUUCACGGAGCGGGAGAUGAAAUGUCUGGACGCCGCCGAGGCCGAGCCCAUCCUGGACGAGCGGGAAGGCGUGGACGAGUACAACGAGAUGCCCAUGCCGGUGUGAGGCGAAGCCCGAAAACCUUCGCGGGCCGAGAGCAGACACAACCCCCCCUCCUCUCAACCCAGUGCCUUUGCGUGUCGGUCGAGGAGGAGCGGCCGACACUGAGCCCCUCCAGACCGCCUGUGCGGUCUGUCGGCGGAGCGCCGGUGCCCCCGCCAGCCGCCGGAGAGCUUACGCGCGCACCCCUCAAUUCUAUGCACCAGCCGGAGGUGGGGGGGGAGGCACGACCCCUCCAGGAAGGACCCUCGGCUGCUUCCCAAAGGCCACGACUGCGUUUCGGAGGGGGUCGAUCCGCAGCUUCGUCGGAGUCGGGGGGAGCCGGCGAGGCAGGACUGGGGGCCCGGCGGCAUUGAGCCUCGCCGGUCUGCCCCCCCCCCGGGUUCAGGACAAAGAGAGUCAGCCACAGGGAGCUGGCCCUAAGGCACUUAGGGGGGGCUUUCCUGGAGCAGGAACCUGCCCCCCCCCUUUUAAUCGACCGGGCCACGAUGAAACUGCGGUCCGAAGAGGAGGGAAGCAGGGA